AUGGUAGGACAGCAAGAGCUGAGAACAUGCAUGAUUAAUGAGGAAGAGGAGGAGGCAGCCCUUGACGACAUCCAAGCCUCUGUUGAAAAACGGAUUCGAUUGGGAGGAGCGCCGAGUCAAUUCCAGACCACGGCCAACAGCAAUGAAGAACACACCGGCAAUGAAGUCAGCAUUGCCAAGACUGAGUCAUCAGGCAUGGACGAGGAGACGACAGAAGGGGAUCUGUGCUCAGAAAUCGCGACAGUGAUCGACUUGACAGGCGAUGAACCUGCGACGGAAUCUCCUGACCAGGACAACCAACAAGUGAGGCCUCCAUCGCCAGUUCGCAAUGCCCCUGUUAGCGAGAGUGAAAAGAUACCAUUCAUCCUGCAUGGCGACGACAAGCUUCUGCUGAAGCCAAGAGUGGUGGUGGAGAUUGAGGAAAUCACAAACUUGUACCACGCAUCGUUCCUCCAGAUUCAGUACAUCAUUCAGUCUUCGUCAACGACAGUACUCCGCGGCUUGCCAUUCACUCGGACCAGAAACCUCCGAGGCCAGCUGCAGAGGCUUCGGAAUGAGGUCUGCCAGAUCCUCCAAAUCGACGCCGACGAUGGCAGGCCAGACGAGGAGCAAGCUGCGGUUGAAGUCCCCGUGGAAAGUGUGAUUAGACUCCGUGAUGUUCAUUGCACCAACUCGAAUUUUCCCAGCCACAGAUACCCAAGUGUCUACCACGGCACUGAUGAGGUCGAAGAGAAAGCCAUGCUUGCUUGUCGUUGGAAGUACCGCCUUGUGUACAAGAAUUCUGCAGCUCGUGGCAAGAAGCAAGCUCCUUCGCAGUACAUUAUCGCCCAUUUAGCAGCCCACGAGGCUUCCACAGAUCACAGUCGAGUCAGCGAUCGCGCGCGAUUGAACGCCUGGCGCGGCAGUAUUGCUCGUGGUGGCUCAUAUAACAUUAACACCAAUGAAGACUUGCAAGCUAUUGAAGAUGUUGACGAGGACUUUGAUGCUGAUCCCGACUGGACUGAUAAGAAGCCUGGCCAGCGGUACACCAUCGGCGAUAUGUUCUGUGGUGCAGGAGGCACUUCUCUGGGUGCCCAGCAAGCUGGCUUUCAUAUUAGAGUGGCAUGCGAUCAUGCAAAAUACGCUUGUAUGACACAUCGGCACAACUUCCCUCUGACAGAUCUCCGAGAAAGCGAUAUUUAUAGUUUCAUUCACGAGGAUUUGGUCUGGGGUGGGGGAAGGGACUAUGUGGAUGUUUUGCAUCUGUCGCCUCCUUGCCAGUUCUGGUCUCCGGCUCACACAGUGCCAGGCGUGAAUGAUGAAGCUAACAUAGCCGUCUUGUUCUCGUGUCGAGAGUUGGUCAAGAAACUCAAGCCCCGAAUCUUUACCUUGGAACAGACCUUCGGCAUCCUCCACCCUCGCUUCGAGCACUAUUUCAAUGCUCUCGUGCAGGGCUUCACUCAGUUCAGCUACUCUGUCCGUUGGAAAGUUGUAGAUCUCCGUGAUUGGGGCCUACCAUCGAGGCGCAAUAGGCUCGUCAUGAUAGGCGCCUGUCCUGGUGAGAACCUUCCACCAUUCCCUCGAUCUACUCAUACCGGAAUCCCAUUUCCGAAGUCCAACCUCAAGCCUCAUGUCACGGUCGCACAAGCUCUGGCGAAGAUCUCACCAAAUGCUACAAUGCACGAGAAGAAACACAAUCGAUACAAGAAGUCCUGGGACCCAAAUGUCCCUCUUACACGAUGCAUCACUACACAUGGAGGGUAUGGCAAUUACCAUUGGCGCGGAAGGCGCGACUUCACUCUGCGCGAGCUUGCUACCAUGAACGGGUUUCCUGUUACUUACCAGUUUUCGAACCGAGAUACCAAGAAACAGAUUGGGAAUGCCUUCCCUCCGUCUGUCGUCAGAGUUCUGUUUGGACAUAUUCGAAAAUGGCUCGAGAGCAGGGACAGAGUCAACCCGGUAGAAGAACAGGCAGUAAACGAGGAUGAACCGGAAUACGAAGCGACUGUGACAGAUAUCGAGGAUGACGAACUCGAAUUCAUCCGGGAGACCGCUAGGAGGCGAGAGAGUGGGCAGGAGUCGGACAAGAGUCUGGAGCCGAUGGAGGUCGAUGGAGCUGUGUGUUGCAUCGACUCAAAUCAGCAGUCCAAAUGCAUGCCAAGAGGGAGCAUCGUUGAUUUGACUCUUGAUUCACCUGAUAAUGCCGGACCAGAUAGCCCGGUCACUGUGUCCGAUGACGACUAA